AUGGAUCUACCCGCUUUUGACGAUGAAGUGUUGACUAAGUUCACCGACUUGCCACUUCUCUCUCCAAUAUACUUAUCACCUGGACAACACCUCACACCCUCGUACAGUCCCUGCGCGCUUAUUGGCUUCGCACUGCUAGGGCUGGCAGCACUCCAAGGCUCGCUGUUGUUCCUGAGUGUGUGCGUGCUAUGCCUGGUCCUGUGCUGGGUGACAUUCGUCGGCACAUGGUUGGCUCUGUUCUCGUAUGUAGCACAUGCCAUACACUCUCGUGCGUACUUAAAAGUCGAACACGCGACCACACCUGGACCAGUUUCAAUGCGCGAUGCUGAGCUGACGGCUACGAGCGACGUAUAUAGUGAGAGGCAUUUAAAGGGCAGGCGGGUCAGCUUCUGUCCUACGGUGGACAAUGAUUCCGGGUGGGAUGUGAACUUCAUUGGCACCGGGGACGAAAGCGCGAUCAAACCCUUCGCUGGAAAAGUCAAAAAGAUUGCGCCCGAUAGCGUUGACGAAAUGAUGGAGACUUCAGUUGCAGCUUAGGAUCGACCUCGUAUAAUUCUAUCAAUCUAGAGUUGGCAACAUCAGCAGCCACUCACAUUCGGUGGUCCUACACACAGGGAUGCGCACGUGCAGAGCAAUAUCAAUUUAAACAUGCCUCUUAAACAUUUAGACAUGCCUCAUGGGCAUAUAUUUAUACAUCAAAUGCAUACGGUCCCGGCCAAUAUAUCUUCAAAUAGGAUAAAUUCCCUGUUAUAGUAAGGCCCUCCCUCCCUUGCACCACUUUUGUGAUUACACCUUCCCAUUCAUUUAGAAUUUCGCGCAUGGAAAGCGCUCUUAUAUCGGCUUUCAUGAAUGCAUGUCCGGCGCCAUAAAGUCCUAAUCUGCACAAUGACAAAUCGGGCAUAGACAACGAAAUAAACAUUGCAUACAUAUUGAUGUACAUAAGAAC